AUGGCAAAAAUUCAUCGAGAAUGUCGAGAGAAGUCCUUGCCAGCUAUCAGAUUAACCAAGCCUAUCGAUUAUUUUUCGGACAUUUCCGAUUGGACAACUUCCAAAAGAUAUUACGUCCGAAAUCGAGAUAUUGUAAGAGAGAAUAUCCGAACUAUUAAAUCAAGUCUUCCUCGAGUUCCAACAGUCAGAAAAGUCCCUCCGUUUUCUUGGCAGUCAGUUCAACAGAAUACAAGUGUUGUUCCAUUACCAAUGAUUGCUCCAAAUCGGUCAAGAAGUGUAGAUUCUAAUGUAUCUGAUGACUGCAGUCAAUUCCGUGCUCUCUUUUCACGUGGAGAUCUUCAUGUGCGAAUUGUUCAUUCUGGAGGUGCAGGAGAAAAACCGAGAGAGCUGCGAUGGGCGAAAGAUCCAUCUCAAAUGAAAAAUGAAACAGUUUGUAAUCUACUUGCAAAGUUCUCAACUGGAAUGUCUCUACUAGAUCAUCCAUACCGGUUUGUAGCUGAAACUGGAAUCACUGAUUUGUUGAUUGCUCUUCGAAACCAUCAAUCUAUAGUGACAGUUCUACCACAACUCGUCAGAGGAGUUCGUGCUGGUCUCUAUUCUUUCGAUGUUGAAAAGAAGAAAUUCUGUUUGAAAACUCUCUCAAGAAUCACUUCCAUGCAAGGAAUUGGAGCACAGUUGGUUCCGUUUUAUCGUCAACUUUUGCCUCCACUCAGAACAGUGCGUCAAUCUCGAAGUAGAUCAGAUCGUGUUCAUUAUGAUAAGGGACGUCAAAUUGAGGAAAUCAUAACAUCAACUCUAAAUGAUUUGGAAAGAACGGGCGGUCCAAAUGCGUUAAUUAAUAUAAAAUAUCUGAUUCCACAUUAUGAGUCAUGUCAAUACGUUUGA